AUGAAUUUAAUUGAUUCUUUAUCAAAUGAAUUCCAACAACUUUUGAAUGACUAAAAGAAAAAUCAAGUUUUGAAACCACUUAUUUAAGGAAUUAUAGAUGAUAUCAAGAAACACAAGUCUUAACAAAAUUUACCCAUUUAAGAAAUCAUAAAAAUUCUUGUUAGACUUCCUGAAAAUAAAAGCAAUUAAACAUCUGGAAUAGCUCUAAAUAUAAUUUUAAAACUAUUUAAUACAACUUUAUUGCAAGAAGUAAUUUAAUUUAUAUUUUAGGCAGACCUUCAUCCCUUAUUACAUUCUCUUUAUUUACUUAAAGAUGAAAUAAUUGAAAAUGUGUAAUUAAAAUUAGUAUAAUGCAGUGUACAUCUAAUUCAUAAAGAAAUUGUAAAUAUCAAUAAUCCUGAAUGCAUAGAGAAAGUAAUCAUGAGUCUUAAUUUAGCUAAUUUGUAUAUUUUUUACAUUGGUAAUUUCAAAAAAUCCAAUCAUCCAAACUACCUCAAUGACAGGUUUGAUGAAAAUAAUAGAUUUUCUUUAUUCAUAAUACAGCUAAAAGCCUCAUAGAAAUGGAGUUCUGAUAUUUUUGCAAUUAAUUCAAGGAAUGAAAGGAUAGAAGGUGCCUUUUGUUGUAUAACAUUAAUAUUCUAAAGGAAUAUGUAGAGAUAUGUUAUUUUAAAUUAUCUAAAACUUGGGACCUUUUUUAAAUAAAGAUGAACAGCUAAGCAAAAUAAUUGAAGAAGUUUCAGCGAUCAUUUAUGAAGAAAUGAGUUUAGAUUCUGCAGAUGUUUAAUUUAGUAAUUUUAAAUAUAAUUUUAGAUGCAAGAAGAAUAAGGGAUUCAUUUAGAAUCAUUACCAUUUUAUAAAGGGACAUAUCUUUACUUAAACAUAUUAGCCUAUUAUUUACUAGAUCUCCAUUAUAUGGUUAUGUUAGAUAUUGGAUUUUAGAGGGAAUUUUGACUAUAUUACAAAAUCCUAAAUUAGUUAUGCUAUUAUAUUAAGGAGCUUAAUAGGAUGAAUAAUAAUCAUAAUAACAGCAAUAGUCUACUUUUUUACAGCAUUUAGUUUUUAUUAUCAAAUUAUCAACAGAAUAGGAUCCUUAAUAUACAAUAAAUUAAUCCACUUAAUAAUAAACAUAUUCAAAGUAAAAAAUGUUAUAUGAAUAAAAUAUUUUAAAUUUAACAGAGAUUCCCAUAUAUAAUAAAGCAUAAUUUAUCCAAAAAUCAAGUAUAUUUUCUAAAAGUAUCAAUAGUUGAAUGCAUUUCUCAUUAUACUGAUUCCCUUUUGCAAAUUGCAUAUGAUAAAUAAAUUGUAUUAUUUAAUCUCAAUUACAAAUUGUCUCAAUCUAAAAUAUUUAUAGAAGAUAAUUGUAAAGAAGUAAAUCAAAUAAUUGAGACAACCUAACAAUUAACUUUGAAAACAAUAUAAAAUCUUAUGAUAAACUUGAAUGACGAAAUCUAGUAUUAAAGUAUUUUAAAUUCAAUAUAAACUUGGAUUAAUUUAUCUGGUUCUUUAGGUUAAAAUAAAACGAGAGAUGUUUAUAUAAAAUUUUUAAGUAGCCUGUGUGUAGCCAAACAAAAUGCCAGUUUGACUAAAAAUUAAUUAUAAAGUGCAAAAACAUUAUUUAAUAUAGCAUAAUUAGGAAGUAAUUUCUUAAAUUAAUCUUAGAUUUGCUAGAUGUUAAAUCAUGGUAUAUAAUAAUGAAGGCUAUGCAAUAAUUCGAUUCACUCCUUUAAAAAUCGUAGACCUAAAAUGUAAUUCAAUAAGAUUCCCAUCCUGAAAUUUAUUAAUAGGAAAUAGCAUUAUUAAAUAAUAUUUUAGAUGGCUUAUUUUAAUCAAGUAAUGUCUAUGAAGAUGCUAAUUUGCUUCAUAUGAUUGAAGCAAUAAAUUAAGUGACAUUAAGUCUAAUGGAAUAAUUUAACAAUGUCUAAAAUUUAGUUGAUUCUAAGCCUAUUCAAUUUGGAUUAUAAAAGAUUCAUUAAAUAACAAAAUAAAAUUGGUAUAGAAUUCAUAAAUUUUGGGAUUUUAUUACUGGACAUUUUUUAUGCUUAGUUAACUAUAAACAUAAAGCAUUUAGGGAAUCUGCUUUAGAAAUAUUUUCUCAAAUAGUUUAAUAGGGAUUUAGUUAUUUUUUAAGACCAGAUUAAAGUCUUUGUUGGGAAGGAGAUAGUUGGUAAUCUCAAUUAUUAAGUCCUAUUCAAUAAAUGAUCAAUAUUCACUAUGCUGAUGUCAAAGAAACUUUGUUGAAUAUAAUUUUUAAAUUGAUAUAAAAUAAUGGACAUGAAUUGAACAUUUUAGGAUUUAAUACAAUAAUUGAAAUUUUAUUAAUCAGUUGUGAUGAGACUGAACCCGCAGGAUAUGUUAAUAUUGGUUUUCAUAUUUUGGAAUUAUUAAUAGGGUAAUUUAUGCAUUUGUUAGAUCCUAAGACAACAAGAAGAUUAUUACCUUUAAUAAAAUAAUUUAGAUAAAGAACUACAGAAUAAAAUAUUAGUUAUGUGUCAGUUGGUCUAAUCUGGCAAUUAGCAGAUAAUUUAAAUAAAAUUUGUACAAAUCAAACAUCAUAAACUGAAGUGGAAGAAUUAUGGACUGUUGUUUUAUAGAGUUUAAAAGAUUUAUCAUUAGAUAAUGCACCAGAUGUUAGAUAAUCAGCUUUACAUAUUAUUAUUUAAAUUAUCUUAAUUAAUUGUGGUUCAUUUAGGAUUAACUUUUAAAUAGGUUUGUUUAAAAACUUAAUAUUUAAGAUUUUGGAUGAUUUGAUAGGAAGAGUUGCUUAAUUAUAAUAAUUAUAAGUAAUUUUUCAUAUGAAACUACCAAAAUAUUUAAAGGAAGAAGACUUUCCUAAAUUUACUAAAUUAUCUGAAUAGGAUUUUUAAACUUCUAUGAAAACUUAAAAUGAAGCAAUAUUAGCUUGGGAAGAAACUCUUAAAAUUAUGAUUUAAAAUUUAACAAAAUUUUUGAAAAAGAUUGGUUAAUAAGAUGAUUAAGAAUUUAAAUAAUAAGCAUAACAAUUGUAUAAUGAGACUUUUAUUAGAUUAAUUAUUUCAUUUAAAAUUAAUAAUUUAGAUCUUAGAUGGGAAAUUAUACGUUUAAUAAAAGAAAAUACAGAAAUAAUGAUUGAAAAAAGUUUGGUUGAACAAUUUGAUUGGGCUAAAGAAUUUAUCAUGUGUAUAUAAGAAUUUAUAGGUUAAAAGAUUUAAGAUAAUAGAGAUGUGAAAACAUUAAUCAAUAAAAUUUUACCUGAAGUUUGUGAAUUAUAUGUAUUAUUUCUUAAAGCUCAUAAUAAAAAUAAAGAAUUCUUUCCAGUAGAAUUAAUGGAUGAUCUAUACGAAAGUUAUUAAGCAAUCGUUGAUUUACCAAUUAAUAUUGAGAACAUUUCAAAUAUUAAAAUAUGGAUGGAUGAAAAAUAAUUACAUGAUUUUGCCGAAGACUUUUAUGUACAUCUUGAUGAUUAGAAGGAUAAAUCUAAAUUCUAUGGUUUUCUUUUAUUCAAUAUGAAGAAGGAAGGAGGAUUGACUAAAUUAUAAGAUCUAGUCAUUCUAAAAUAUACAUAAUUAUUGAGUAAAUAUAUAUAAGAUAAAUAAUUAACUGAUAAUGAGCUUAUCAAAUAAUUUAUUCAAAUUUGUUUAAUACAACUAUCAAUUAGAUAAAAUUAGAAUAAAGUUAAUAAUGUUAAAAAUUAUAAUAAAACUAAUAAACCAUUAUGGGUUUAGGUCUUACCAUUGAUUAUUGAUACAAUAGAAUUUUGUUAGAAUGAUGAGUAUGUUUAGCUUUUAUCUGAAUAACUUAACUUUACUUAAUAAUGGGAUAAAAUAAUAAGUAUUGAUGGAUUAAAGAGCUGCAUUGAUGUCGAACUAUAAAUUUGUGAAUGGCUUCUUUCAUAAAAUAUUUUGGAUAGAGAAAUUAUAAAUUAUUGGGAACUAUUAUCUAGAAAUAUUAAUUUAUAUUAGUUGGAAGAUCUGUUUUAUGAUACAAGAUUAAAAUUGAUGAAUAUUGUAUUCAAGAAACCAAAAAAUUUAACUACUUUAAAUUAAAUCUGUUAAUCCUUAGUAACUUAAUUUAUGAAGGAUGAAUAUAUGUCAGGAUCAAUGCCAUUAAGUAGAAAAAGAGUUUAAGAAAUAAUUUAAUUAUUAUUAGAAUUAUAAUAAUUAAAAGAUUUGACAUUAUAACCACAUCCAUUACUCUAAGUUUUUGAAUGUUUAGUUGAAUUAAUAACAACUAGAGAAAUUGAUAUCAAAUAACCUUUAUAAAAUUUAUUUAAGUCUGUUGCAUUAAAAAUAAGAUCACAUAAAUGA